GUAUUCAUUAGGGCUUAAUACACGUGUGUUCGCAUUCGUAUCAGGAAAAUUUUCGGAAGAGGUUACAACUACACACUUCUAAUAUAGUUCAUAGCUAACGUAAACUUUUAAAGACUAAACAAAAUGAUGUUUGUAAAUCGUGUGUCCAUUGCGUUCCAUAAAAAUGUGAAUUUUUACAAGCGAAUUCGCCUGACUAGUUCUUGGAAGGACGACAUUCGGAUGUCUGACGGAAUAGGUAGAUCAUCUACUAAUCAGCAGGUUCGGCAUUUCGCGGUUAAGUGCGAUGAAGGCAGCGUAGUUAAGGGUGUUGUGAUAGGCGUCUACACCAAAGAGGGCGAACGUGAGCCCAAGCUGACGUCCAGCGGUGAAAAGUUUGAUGAUCGGGCUCAAGGAAAAAUCUCCGAUUUGGUGCGCGAGAUGCAUAUGAAAGGUGAGCUGGGCAAGGGCAUGGUUUUCAUGAAUGUGGACCCGGAGUUCAGUGCCGUUGCCGUUGUGGGGCUUGGUCAGGAGGGGGCCGGCUAUAAUGAUAUGGAAAUGCUUGACGAGGGCAUGGAAAAUGCACGUGUCGCCUCUGGAGUUGGUGCUCGAGCUUUACAACUUCAGGGUGUGACGGAUGUUUUUGUGGAUUCUAUGGAAUAUCCAGAGCAAGCAGCUGAGGGAAGCGCUUUGGCCAUUUGGCGUUACAACAGCAAUCGCCGGAAACAGGAUCGUACACAAAUUCCCAAACUGGAGCUGUACGAUUCUCCUGAAGUGGAUGCCUGGACACGUGGCCUUUUCAAAGCCGAGUCUCAGAACUUGGCCAGACGCCUGAGCGAUGCACCGGCCAACCAGAUGACUCCGACUAUAUUCGCACAGUCCACUGUAGAUGCGCUGUGUCCGUGCGGUGUUAGCGUAGACAUACGUUCAAUGGACUGGAUCGAGGAGAAUCAUCUCAACUCGUUCCUAAUGAUCGCCAAAGGCAGUUGUGAACCACCCGUUGUACUGGAGGUCAAUUACUGUGGUACGGCGCCCGAGGACAAGCCCAUCUUGUUGGUGGGCAAGGGCCUUACAUACAAUAGCGGCGGCCUCUGCCUGCACCCCAAGAAAUGCAUGCAAGUCUAUCGCGGUUGUAUGGCCGGCGCCGCUGUCUGCGUGGCUACCAUACGGGCCGCAGCAGCACUGUCGCUGCCUUUGAACAUAAGCGCUGUGCUGCCGCUCUGCGAGAAUAUGCCGUCGGGAAUGGCUGUCAAGCCUGGCGAUGUGAUUACGCUGCUGAACGGCAAGACAAUGGGCAUCAAGGAUGUGAGCCACGCUGGAGUAGUGGUCAUGGCUGAUCCGCUGCUCUAUGCACAAGCCAGUUUUAAGCCACGGCUCGUUGUGGAUAUCGCUACGCUAGGCUAUGGCGUUUGCUAUGGUCUUGGCGGCAGUGCAGCGGGAAUUUUCAGCAAUUCGAACUUUGUUUUCAAGCAAUUCGAGAAGGCCGGAGGGCUGACUGGCGAUCGUGUAUGGCGUCUGCCUUUAUGGAAUUACUUUAAGCGUCUGAUCUCGCCCAAUGUUACCUACGACAUCAACAAUCGAGGUCGCGGGCCCGCCUCCAGCUGCAUCGCUGCUGCUAUACUCCACGAGCUGGUGCCGUGCGUGGACUGGGCGCAUCUGGACAUACGCAACGUUGGCAUGGUAACUCAGCAUGCUCCGUUGCCAUAUUUGCUGCGAGACCGAAUGACGGGUCGUCCCACCCGUACCAUCAUACAGUUCCUUUAUCAGAUGGCCUGCCCGGAUAACAAGUAGAUAGCCAUAUUGGUCUACUUU